AUGGAAAUUGCGGCGCUGGCCGACCCUUAUGCGACUGCUGACCUCGAAAACCUCUGCGAAUGGAGUGAGGAAUCACAGCGUGUCCUGGAAGAGGUGAAUUCUUGCCUACAAACUGUGCACCGACGUGAGCUGGCAUCGCUGCGUAUGCGCGAAAAAGUCAUCAUUGGCCGAACAAGACUUCAAGAGCUGGAGUAUGGAUGGCAGUUCCAGCGAGAGCGCUGUGCCGCGAGAAUAUCCAAACUAGACAACAUGGUUCAAAAACUUCGUCAGGGUCGAGCCGCCGCAUAA